CGGCCGUUGGGAGACGGCUCGAACCGGCCUUGAUUCUCCCAAUGGCGACGGCAGAGCAGCCUUCGGGCUUGAUGGAUAUCGCGAGCACUCUUACUCAGGAUGAGAUUCCAUUCAAGCUACGUUGCGCAAUUUGCAACAAGUUAGCGGUGAAUGCGUUCCGGCUACCUUGCUGUGAGCAAGCGAUUUGUGAAACUUGCCAAGCAUCCUUGCCCGAUACCUGCCCCGUUUGCGCACAUACUCCUCUUUCAUCCGAUCUCUGCAAACCGAAUAAAGCUCUCCGGACCACCCUCAAAGCCUUCCUACGUACCGAAGAAAAGAAACGUGAAAAGGAUCGUCAGUCCGCCACUCCUGCUGCGCCGGCCGAGACGGCUCCGGUGGAUGGAACUCCGGCCCCUUCAGAGCAACCUGCUGCUACAUCUGCGCCUGAUACACCUGCCGCGGUUGUCCCUGAGGAACAGGCUCCCGCUGAGGAACAGCCGGAGGUAGCGCCUGCUGCGGAGGUCCCGCCGGAAGAACACCCCGCUGCGGAUUCUCAGCCUGUGGAGGCUGGUGAAGAGCAUGUGACUGAUGCAAAUGCCGAAAUUGCUGAGGAGACUCAAGCCCAGAAUGAGCAAGAAGUUGAGGCCACCGGCACGCUAGAAAAGGCCGAUGUGGCCGACGAAACCGGUCCCGCGGAUGGCGAUGAAGUUGCUGACACGGCGGCGCAAUCUGUGGAAGAGAACAAUGCGCAACCUAAUGGAAUGCAACAAAUGUUUCCCGGCAUGGGAUUUAAUAUGCCCGCCGGAGGAUUUCCCAACAUGCCAUUCAAUGGCAGUGGCGAUUUCAACCCCAUGCAGUUCAUGUCCAAUGGCAUGUUCAACCAAAAUCCUAUGGGAAUGUCUGGGAUGUCGAUGGACCCGAUGGCCGCGAACCAGGGUAUGUUUGGAGGCUACGGGAUGGGCAUGAACAAUGGCAUGAAUAUGGGAAUGAACUUCGACGCGGGUCAGGGGAUGUAUGCUGGGGGAUGGGACGGCUCUCAGAACAAUAUGUGGAAUGGAGGCCAAGAUAAAUUCAAUCCAAAUGCUUUCGCAAAUGGUAUGGGCUCGCAGUAUGGGCCCUCUGGAUUUGGCGGAUUUAAUAUGUCUCAACCCAACGGAAAUUACUUCCCUAACCAAGACUUCUCGAAUGGGUACUAUGGCCCCGGCUACGGCAGAGGCGGCUUCCGCGGCCGUGGUCGUGGAUACUUUCCUGGUGGCCGCGGCCGCGAGGGCUUCAUGAAUGCUAAUUAUCCCAACGCCGCGUUUCAGAACCCUAACUCCCCUAGCUUUAAUCAGGCGGUGCCUCAGGAUGGUGAAACUCCAGCGGACGCCAGUACCGAUGCAGAUAAACCAGAGGGUGAACAAGGCCCUAGCGGCGAGCAGGAUCCCGAAGACCCAACAUCAAAGGAGAUUGCUGAUGAAACGGCUGGAGAGAAACUGACAAGAGAUGACGUCCCUGAUGCGUCUGGUACAUUAGCAGAAGACGACACACAACCACGAGGUAUACCCACCAUCGAUAGCCUGGACCAGAACGACGCUGCCAUGUCCGGCUUCGUUGGAAUGCCUGGUCCCCAUAUGGGACCUGGAUUUGGCAGGAGUUUCAUGCGACCUUUCCCUGGGGGUCGUGGAGGUGGCUUUCCUGGUGGUCCUUUUGUUCCUGGGCCUAUGCCAGGACAGGGUGUUGAAGGUGCCCCGGCUGCACCUAGAGCUAUGAGAGAAGGACUACCUAAUACUAGUGUGUUGCGUCACCGAUUCCAAGGACGGGCAUCGGUUCCUGCUAGCAGACCCUCUGAAGGUCCGCAAAGCGGGACUCCGAUAGAGCCACAAGAAGACGACGACCGCCACUCAAAGUCAAGAUCUAGGGCUAGAUCAGCGUCCCGAUCAAGAAGCAGAUCUGGGGACCCGUCUCGCCCCAGAGAUAGCCGUCGUCACAGAUACCGCUCGCCAAGCGCCCAUGAUGGCGCCGACGAGUAUGAACGGAGACGUGAACGAAAACAACGAUCCCGCCGAGAGGAUAAAUACGAUGAACCGUCAUUAGCGGAGGACGGCCAUCGCACCCGCUCUCCAUCCCUAGAGUCGUCGCGGAGAUCCCACCGCCGCGAUAGAGACCGGGACCGGCGAAGUGGACGUCGUUCUCAUCGCCCGCAUCGUCAUCGCAGCCGUACUAGGAGUCCUAGUCGUGAUGGCGAUCGUGAUGCUGAUCGUCUUUCGUCGAUUGCGGAGAAGGCCACAGCUGAAGCUGUUGAGGGUUCCAGUCGCAGCCAUCGCUCUGGAAAGGAUCGUUCCGGCCGUCGAGAGGAAGAGCGGGAACGAGACCGUGAUGCUCGACGCAGAGACCGGCGUGAUCGUGAACGUGAACGUGAACGUGACCGAGACCGCGAUCGUCACCGCGAAAGAGACCGUGACCGUGAUCGCGAACGUCACCGGGAUCGUGACCGCGAAAAAGACCGUGACCGCGAGCGCGAACGAGACAGAAAACGCCCCCGCCGCGACAGAACCGCCUCCCCCGACAGUGACUACUCCACCCGCCACCACUCUCGACGCCUAAAACGCACCCGCGAAGACGACCGCGCCCCCUCAAAACCCCCUACCUCAACAACACAACCCGAAAAAGACCCCAUAACCCUUGAACGCGAAGCUCGCAAUCGCGAACGCCUCCUGAAAGAACAGCAGCGCCGCGAAGCAGCCCUGCACUCCGAAAAUAAUACUAAUGGUAAUAGCACUAGCCACCGCCACAGCCACCGAGACAAAGACCGAGAUCGCGAUAAAGAGCGCGAUCGUGAUCGUGAUAGUCAUUACAGGUCUAGUCGUCGACGGGAGAGUCGACAGGAUCGGUCUGCGGUGGUUGGGGGGAGGAGUUUGAGUUAUAAGUAUGAGGAUGAGGAGAGUGAUAGUGCGAGGGCGGCGAGGGUUGAGAAGGAGAGGGAGGGGGAGAGGUGGGAGUGAGUAAAUACAUAGCGUUUUUUAAGGGCUUUGAUGUAUCUAUGAGAUAUAAGAAAAUAUAAAGCAUAUAGAGGUUG